GCAGUUUCCCCUCCCCAGUCGGCAGCUCGGUGAUAGACAUUCCGCUGCUUCCAAUCGGAGGCGCCCAACGCCGGGAGCGGCCAAUCGGGGACUUCGGUGGGCGGGGCACCCGGGGCAGUUAGAUUUGGCGGUUCCACUUCAACAUGGCCGAAGCAAGCAACGCCAAUGAUGGCAGCGGCUGUGAGGAAAAAGGGCCUGAGGGGCCGUCCCCCGAAUCCGCGCCCCAUGGCACUACCAUUUCGAGGAUCAAGCUCCUCGACACCACAGUGGACACUUUUCUACAGAAGCUGGUCGCCGCUGGGAGCUACCAGAGAUUCACUGACUGUUACAAACGCUUCUACCAGUUGCAACCUGAGAUGACACAGCGAAUCUAUGACAAGUUUAUAACUCAGUUGCAGACGUCUAUCUGGGAGGAAAUCUCUGAAAUCAAAGCAGAGGGAAACCUGGAAGCUGUCUUGAAUGCCUUGGAUAAAAUUGUGGAAGAAGGCAAAGACCGAAAGGAGCCCGCCUGGCGCCCUAGUGGGAUCCCAGAGAAGGACCUGCGCAGCACCAUGGUGCCCUACUUCCUGCAGCAGCGGGAUGCCCUGCAGCGCCGUGUGCAGAAACAGGAGGCUGAGAACAGGCAGCUGGCAGAUGCCGUCCUGGCUGGGCGCAGGCAGGUGGAGGAGCUGCAGCUGCAGGGCCAGGCCCAGUGGCAGGCCUGGCAGGUGAGUGCCUUGGCCCUGCCCUCAGGCACCUGGUCCCCUGCUGCAGCAGAGGAGAAAACAGACCAAGAGAGGUCAGACGAUGAGGGGGUCACUUUGGGGGCCCUUUUCGAAGAUGGACUCUGCUCUGGGGAGGCCCAGCCUAAGUGGCCAAGGCACCCAGCCUGCCAUAAAUACCUGCUGAGUGUAGGGGGAAGGGACCUCCUUACAUGCCCCGCUGUGCCUGUGAAAUGAGCCACAGACUCAUACCAUUCUGGGGAAUCUAGGCCUGGGGGCAAGGACAGUAGACGGAAAGGGUUUGGAUUUUCUCCUCUCCCAGUUUGUCUCUUCUCUCCCAUUGAUGGCAGGCUCUACACAGAGGACAGAAGGAGCUGGUGGCCAUGCUGAGGGAGCCUGAGUAAAGGGAAGAUGGCCAGGCCCAGGAGCCGAAGGUGGUCAAGGUCAAGGGCCUGUGGCAAGCUGCCUUUUGAGAACAGCUAAAAUGUUGCCCAGUCCCUAAGCAGUGAUGGAAUUUGCUGGGGGUGAGGCCUGAGCAGUCCCCACUGCCACUGUGCCUUGGGGCUUCCUUGAGGUCACACACACACUACCCUGAUUCCUCCCUGUUUCCUUCUAACUUGAGGAUUCUUAGCCCAGGUCCCACCUGGGAAUCAGGCACCGUGCCUUCUCUCCUCUGGGUUCUGACCAACACCUCCACCCCACUCCACACUCGCCUCCCAGUUCCUUAUCCCUCCCUAGGUCCUGGCUGGGGGAUCUGUUUUCAGUCUCCACUGAUUGCCCCUUUCUGGCCAGCCGAGGGCCUAUGCCAUGUUCUCUCCACAUCCUUAAAUAAACUUCCUCUACUACACUGUAA